CGAUUUGCGGUCUUGCUUGCAAGGGAUCUUCGCCCUUCGUCGGCUUCUCUCACAACUCCAAAAAUCGACGGCGACGACGAUCGAUCAUUUAUCGAUACAUGUAGCAAAAGCAACCAGCAUCAAAGGAGACAAACAAAACUCGUCCAAAGCGCAAGCCAAAACUGAAGCAACCAUACCUCCCACGGGAACAAACAGCGAAGCCCAAGCGACAACUUCCGCCAUUCCGUCCACAGCAAGCAGCAGCAGCAGCAAGCCCAAAGAGAAGACAACGAUGUCUUCCGUCCUUGUGCCCAGCCAAGCGGUUCGCAGCAGCAGCGACACCCACACAACCAGCGAAGCGUCGGCAAGCAAUGCGUCGCCUCAGCCUGGUGGCGCCACCAAUGCAGAAAAGAAAGGACGGAGGCGCAAGAACAAGAACAGAACGCGAGGCGCCCGAGGCGCCAACAAGAACAGCAACGAUGGCUCGCCGAACGAGGAGGAUGGCGCAAGAGCAUCGGCAGAGGAAGGCAAGAAGCCAGACCGUAGCCAGAGCCCGGCAGGUGGAGCAAAAGGAAAGAACCAAAGACAGCGAAAUAACAAGAACAAGAACAAAAAGAACCAAGAAGGGGAAAGCAAAAAGGGUCCAGAAGUGGAGAAUGUCAAGGGAACCAAUAGCAAAGAUGCAGAUGAACAAGCCAACAACAACAAUAUCAAGAGCAAAGGGAAGAAAAACAACAACAAUAAGAAUCGCAACAACAAGAACCGCAAGCGAUAUCCUUGGCGAAAGCGUAUUCCAGCCGGAACUGUUGAUCCCAUCACAUUGGAUGCUCUAGUUUCUCUUCCAUACCCGCCAUUUGCUUUGUGGGCUGCUUCUCCCUACUUGCCUGUUCCUGUGUGGCCUCCCGCAGAAAACAACAACAAAAAGCAACAAAAGACCCCCGAAGAAUUGGCUAAAGAACAGGAAGUCGAGGCACAGGAACGAGAACGACGACUGCUGCAGGAACAGUGGGGCACUGCCGUCGUCAACAAGGAGCCAGGCGAACAGCAGCCAAGCGAGGAAUCAAACAGCAGCAACAUCAAUCGCCAUGUCAAUCUAUUUGAUGGCCGGGCCCUGGCGUACUACAUGGUCUCGCAACUCCAAUUCAUUGAUCCUCUGACUCGGAGGGAUUUAGACAGGGACGAGCUGAUCCAGCUGGACCGGUACUUGGUCAGGCACGGCUUUACCGAUCUUAACGUCGUCGAAGCCUAUGACACCAAAGGGGUCUCGCUGUCCACUGCCGGUGCCGCAAGCACCACUGCUGCUGGUCGCGCUGAAAUCCUGCAACAAGAAGCACGCGUGUUACUCAAUGCUCUGUUUGGUGGCGGCCCGUCUGCAUUGCCGCCAGCACCACAGAACAACGCCCCAGUCAAUGCGCUAAUGGAGCAAUAUUCUAGCUACCAAGCGGCACAGCAGCAGCAAGCGCGACCCAGCAGCAACAACAACACUCGGCGUCCCGAACGCAACAAUCGCAGCGCCUUUGACAAUCCUCGUUCGAAUGCGGAAGACACAGGCAUCUACGGAGACGAAACGACGGGAAUGAUGAUUAUCGACGACGAUUUGAACCCAAGUCUGCGAGGCGCAGGAGACAAUCGAGCCAUGAGACCCCACCGACCCCCCACUGCCCCACCAACGUUAUGGGCUGGAAGCCGCAUUGCUGGUCCUUCCGCAAACGCCGACAAUCUACAGGCCGACAACUUUCCCGCCCUCUCGGUGACAGCGACUCUCCCGCCCCACCAGUCGCCCCUGAACACGAGUGCGCCAUCCUUUGUUCCAGGGGGUGCGCCCGCCGUAGAGGCUCCUGCUGCAGUCAAGCGACAGCAACCCCCCAAAAAGAAGGUUCUUCCACCCGCGAGCUCUUUGAAAUUCAUUGCCGGGGCUGUCAAGAAGACCACCCCCGAAGAAGCACAACGCCAAUUCGAGGCCAGAGAAGAAGCUAGGAGAAAGGCAAUGAUGGCCAACCUUAGAUUCGGAUCUGAUCCGACAAGCUGGGACGCACCGACGUCAGCGGGGGCCCCUUCCUCUGUGGCGAUGCCAAACGCCAGCGAGGCGCAGCUGGAGCGAAAUCAAGCAUUUGCCGAUGCUCUCGGUGUUGCUGGACGCUCCGCCCCUCAGAGCUGGGCGCGGCCUACAGACAUGGAAAACGCCGCGGCCAUCGCUUACCCCGAUGCACUGAUCUUGCGGGCUCGUGAGAAUAUGGGUGCCCUUCUCAAACUUGAGAAGAAGUGGAAGUCGUUUUUGGAAGACGACAAGGCAGCCUCGUUGCCGCUGAACCACAUGGACCGUCCGAUGCGAGCCUUUGUACACGAGUACUCGGACUAUUGGAAGCUCCACACCGAGUCAUUCGACAAGGAGCCCAAACGCUACAUACAUUGUGUCAAGCUCUUGGAUACGGGCGCUCCUUACCCUCUUUUGUCGGACGCGGCCAGACACUGGAGAGGUCCAACCGGCGCAGGAAUUUCGUUGGGCAGAGGUCAGCAAACCGCAGGACAGGAUACCUGGGGCAGUGAAGUUCGAGCCCCCAUAGUGACGGAUCUGUCGGCUGCAGCACCCACAAACUCCCGUGCGGCGGCAUUGACAUCGGCCAGGCCAAAGCUGGAGUUGAAGGAGCGGACUCUUCCCCUCGAGCUCCCUCCGUUUGAGCCGCCCACCAAGACGUCCGAACUGGAGGCCGAAUCAGAGGAACAGAUCCGGCGCAGGAAAUUGAGGAUGGAGGAACAGAAACGAAAGGAACAGGAACGGGAGGAACGAAAGCAACGCGCUCUUGAGGCUGCCUUUGCCAGUGACUCGGAAGAAGAAAGCCUGCGUGGAAUGGGCGAAGAUGACGAUGAUAGUUGGGUGGAAGGAGAGGCGCUCUACAACAGCGAAGACGAAGCCGACUGAUAGAUGGAUGACGAUGACGAUGAUACUUGGGCGGAAGGAGAGACCAGCGAAGACGAAGCCCAACCCAAGCCCAACUAAAAGAUCGGCACCGUAGAAUUGCCUAAGAUAGAGCUGGAGAAUUUUAAGUAUUUUCAAUGCUUGAUGAAGAUUGUCAUUCGCGU